AUGUUUCGUGCUGGAGCUUCAAGAGGGAUUCGUUCCUCAAUUCUAGCGGGGAAUGUGCGGUUUGCUUCAACCACUGCGACUGUUACCAAGCCUAGCGUGUUGCUGCGUGUUUGGAGUUUCACAAAAAAGGCCACUUUGAUUGGUUUAGUUGGUGGCACUGCUUACAUUGGAUACAAGAUUUACGAUGAAUCUCACCCAGGGCCCCAACUUCCUCAAACUACCACCUUUCCCAAUGGUGAACCCAAGAAGACUUUGGUUAUCUUGGGUACUGGGUGGGGUUCAGUUUCCUUACUUAAAAAUUUGGACACCUCGAAGUACAACGUGGUCGUUGUCUCCCCAAGAAACUACUUCUUGUUCACUCCUUUGUUACCGUCUAUCCCCACUGGCACACUCGACACUAAGCUGAUUAUUGAACCCGUUAGAUCUAUCACUCGGAAACUCAAAGGUGAGGUGAUUUACCUUGAAGCUGAGGCAACUGAUGUUGAUGUCAAAUCUAAAACUAUUACCUUGAAGCAGUCUACCACGGUUCACUCUGGUCAUUCUGGUGAGGAUUCCGGUGCUUUCAAGUCUGUGAUUUCGGAGAAGACUGGGGUUGAGGAAAUCAUUACUAAGCUUCAAUACGACUAUCUUGUUGUUGGUGUUGGUGCCCAACCUUCGACUUUCGGUAUUCCCGGUGUGGCCGAGAAUUCCACCUUCCUCAAGGAAGUUUCUGAUUCGACCACCAUUCGUCGCCGCAUCAUGGAUCAAAUCGAAGCUGCCAACAUGUUGCCUGUUAAUGACCCUGAGCGCAAGCGGUUAUUGUCGGUAGUUGUUUGUGGUGGUGGGCCUACUGGCGUCGAAACCGCUGGCGAAAUCCAAGAUUAUAUCGAUCAGGACAUCAAGAAAUGGAUGCCUACUAUUGCCCUGGAAAUGUCUGUUACCUUGAUUGAGGCUCAACCUCAUGUGUUGUCUUCGUUUAACCCCAAGCUUGUUGAGUAUACUUCCGAAGUUUUUGAGCAAACUAACAUCAACUUGAAAUGUAGCAGCAUGGUUAAAGCUGUUGAUCAAACCACGGUUACUGCGCAACACAAGAAUAAGGAUGGCACGACGUCAGUACUCAAGGUCCCUUACGGUAUUUUGAUUUGGGCCACUGGCAAUGCUCCCCGACCUAUCGUACGCAAUCUUUGGGCUCAAAUUAAUGAGCAAAAAACCGCCAAGCGUGGUUUGCUCGUUGACGACUCCUUGUUGGUCGAUGGUACAACUGAUAUCUAUGCCUUGGGUGACUGUACUUUCACGAAGUACGCUCCAACUGCUCAAGUAGCUUUCCAAGAGGGUCAAUUUUUGGCCAAGCAUUUCGAUCGCCUCCAAAAGAUUGACAGUUUGCGUUGGCGUAUUGCUCAUCCCAGCGUCAACGACAAUGUGGACCGCUUGAAGGCGAAGCUCGAAAAGAUUGAGAGUAAGCCUUCCAAAUUUGAAUACCACAACCAUGGUGCUCUUGCUUACAUCGGUUCCGAAAAGGCUGUGGCCGACAUUAUGGUCGCCGACUUUAGCAAUAUUCAAACUGGUGGUUCAUUCACGUUCUACUUGUGGAGAUCUGCGUAUAUCUACAUGUGUUUGAGCAUUGAGAACCAAGUCUCCAUCAUCCUUGACUGGGCGAAAGUUUGGUUGUUCGGAAGAUCUGUGUCUUCUGAAUAA